AUGCUCCUCCCAACAACACCUUUCCUCACUCUCCUCCUUUUCGCUCUCUCCAUAAAUCUAUCAACACCCGCAGACGCGGCAGUCCUCCGUGCGCGACAGAAGGAUAACGUCGACUCAGAAUCAAUCUCAGCCUCAGCAAACCCAUCUUGGACGACCCACUCUCACCACCCUAAGCCCACCCAUCACGAUCGACCCGCCUUCAACACCACGGACGGGCAGAUGUCCAACUCGAGUGCUUCGCGCGUGGGCAUGACUUCUCACAACAGAUGGAAUAGAACUAGUUCUUCCGGAACGGUAACCUGGUCACGACAGUGGCCUCGCCCUACUGAUGGUUCUUCCGGUUGGGAUGGUUCCAAGGACGGCGAGGGUUGGGACAAGGACAAAGACGGUCAAGGCUGGAAAGGCGGUUCUGGAUGGGCCCCCAAGGAUGGUGAGAACGGUGACGGUGUUACCGAUGGUGAAAGGGAUGGCUCUGGAAACGACUCCGACUUCCCUGAGGGUGACAACAGCGGCGGCGAGGUCGUCAAACGAUCCACGAUCCAGAAACGAUCCCCCUGGCCCAAACCAUCGCGAAGACAGCGUCUCGUCCGUCAACAAUCACAGGCCUCACUCUCACACCGCCGACGAGGCCUCAAUUUCGCCGAUGCCAUUAAACUGGACAGCAAAAUCGCUCGCCUUGUGUUACAAGGACGCAGGGAUGUCGCCGCCGCCUCAGCCGUCAAGGACAAAGGGAGACCAUCCAACAAGGACAAGGUGAAGAAGAACAACGUCGUGGCUGGCACUCCAUCCAGGCGUCAGCACGACCAAGCGAGUUCCAUCUUUCCUCGAUAUGCGCGUCGCUCAGUGGAUUCGGAGACUAACUCUGACUCCAAUGUCGAUGGUAAUCAGAGAGAAGGGUCGGGAUAUUUUGGUAUGGUCGGCACUGUCGCCAUCAUGAGCCAUGUCGACAACUCCACCACUGGUCGUAAACUCGCCUCUUUAUACAUGGACACUAGAGGUGACGGACCCUACGUCCUCAACGCUUCAGAGAAGAACGCUACCCAGCUCUUCCUCGUCGCCUCAUCCAAAUCUGAUCUUACCACCGACUACGAUGACUCCACCGAGGUUCCUGUUAUGCUUCAGGCUGCGAUCAACGACGCAUCAUAUUGCGCGACGUACGAUCCCAACCCGCCCCAACCUGAACCAUUGACCAUGGAGCUUUGCAUCACCUUGAAGGACUCCACUGGGGACUCUGCCGGGGCACACAAGAGCCAGACGUUCUCGUAUAACAAGGACAGCGGGGUCAUUCGCCCCAUGUGGUUCGUCGAUGGAAUGUCAGAUAACAACGGCAAGGUUGAAGGACAGGGAGGCGGAGACGGUCUUUCGGGUGAUAGUGGUUCGGAUUUACAGCCAUCCUCGUCUGUAGGAAGUGAUAGUCCCAGUUCCACGGCCAUUGUAAACGCACGCGAUGCGUCCUCGCCUUCGGCGUCUACCGGUGCUCAAAACGUCACUCUUGUCUUUGUCCCAUCGACAGAUCCAGCCGGCGCUUCAGCUACGGACGACGACGAAGAGCCUCUGAUCGUAACUACCACCGUUACUGUUACUGCCUCUGCCACGCCUGAACCCUCCCAAGAUUCUUCUUCCAAAGUUUUUAACGUGCACGCCGUCCCCAUCUCAGAUGUCCCAGCAAUCGUGACUGCCACCUCAACCUUGUCCGAAACCGCUCCCGCAUCGACUACGGCUGAUCCACAAGCUUCUGCUACCGACGAUCCCGAGGGGUCCUCGAGUGUGAAUGCUCAGGUUAUCGGAGAUGACGAUGCUACGACCACAGAUUCCUGGAUGCCCGAGUCAACAGGAAAUGAGCAAGCGUCCGUCUCUGCGAUGGAGGCCUCUGUGACCACCAUCACCAUCCCUGCUUCCUCUGGAUUUGAUGCAGCUGAAGCACCCGUCACAUCCUCCCCUGCUACUCCAACCUCGAGCUCAGAUCCCGGAAGUUCUGAUGCUGUUGACCCCAGCCCUACCGCUACCAUCGUCGCAGUCGUCGCCAGAAGACCGUCGAAGAUGGCAGCCGUAGACACCGAUCCGUAUAAGUGGAUGUUCAAAGCUGAUGAGCGAUAG